AUGCCCCGUUCCCACCCACCCCCGGCCAAGAAGGGAGCAACCCGUCCAGGCCAGGGACACGCCAUGGCAUCCCAUGAGUGCCGCCGGGGCGGAGGACCAGAUACCCCCACACCCGACCAGAAGGUAGGACCCAGGGUCCCCAAAGCAAGGCGCCCCCCCGCGUGCCCCCCACCAUGCCCCCCCAAGGGACGGAGGACGCACAAGUCCGCCCCAGAGCGCAGCAGGAGCACAGCAGCGUGCACCGCCCCGCCACCCCGGAGGGCAGAUCCCAGGGGGGAUCCCCCCCCCCCCCCCCCGCUAGGGGCCAACUCCACCCCCCAGUGCCCCGCAGGCCCCAGCGCACAGAGACCCAGAGCCCCUACCCCCACCCGCAGUGCGGCGCCAGCCCAGCCCCAGCCCACAGUCCACCACCCCCAACCCCCACGGGCCCCCCAGGCCAAGGCGGCAGCCCCCCCACAAAUCCACCCCAACCCCCGUAGGGCAGACCCACAGCCACCGAGGGACGGUAGACCCAGGGCCACCAACCCACACAGACCACCAGACAUCCCCAGUACCCCAGAUGCACGGCCCGCAACACCACGGACCGACCAGGGAAGACACAGUCACCAACCCGCCCUAGGAAAUAUAAUCAAUUAG